GGGAGAGGGGGAAGGGGGGGAAGGGGGGGUGUCGGUUAACGGGUCAGAAGAUACAACUUGUAGCCUAUAUGCAUGUGCCCCUUCUCCCUGGUCCCGCACGCAGACGACCGAGAAGAUGCUGAGCCGAUUGAUGAGCAGCAGCAUCAGGAGUCUGGACAGGGAAUGCAACUGCACCGUGAGGCUGCUGGACGACUCGGAGUACACCUGCACCAUCCAGCGCGAUGCCAAAGGACAGUACCUGUUUGACCUCAUCUGCCACCAUCUCAACCUGCUGGAGAAAGAUUACUUUGGUAUUAGAUAUGUUGACCCAGACAAGCAGAGGCAUUGGUUGGAGUUUACAAAGUCAAUUGCCAAACAAAUUAAAUCCCAGCCUCCAUUCACCAUGUGUUUGCGCGUCAAGUUUUACCCGCCUGAUCCUGCUGCCCUGAAAGAGGAAAUCACCAGAUAUCUCGUCUUCCUGCAGGUUAAGAGGGAUCUGUACCACGGCCGCCUCCUGUGCAAGACGUCCGAUGCCGCUCUGCUGGCGGCCUACGUAUUGCAAGCUGAAAUUGGCGACCAUGACCCCGGGAAACACCCACAGGGCUACAGUUCCAAGUUCCAGUUCUUCCCCAAGCACUCUGAGAAGUUGGAGCGGAGGAUUGCUGACAUCCACAAGGCUGAGCUGAUAGGUCAGAGUCCCGAAACGUCAGAGCUCAACUUCCUCCAGAAGGCUCAGAUGCUGGAGACAUACGGAGUGGACCCUCAUCCAUGCAAGGAUGUGUCUGGCAACCCUGCUUUUCUGGCUUUUACUCCUUUUGGAUUCACUGUGCUGCAAGGAAACAGGAGGGUCCAUUUCCUCAAAUGGGAGGAGGUGACCAAACUCAAGUUUGAAGCAAAGACAUUCCAUAUAUAUGCAAAUCAGACAGAGGAUAAGAAGAUCAUACUGACAUACUUUGCACCUACACCUGAGGCCUGUAAGCAUCUGUGGAAGUGUGGAGUCGAGAAUCAGGCCUUCUUCAAGUUGGAGAAGUCAAGUCAAGUCCGCACUGUGUCCAGCAGUAAUCUCUUCUUUAAGGGAAGUCGCUUCAGAUACAGUGGAAAGGUCGCAAAAGAGGUGAUGGAACAAAGUGCCAAAAUUAAGAGAGACCCACCUGAGAUACACAGGCAUGGCAUGGUGCCCAGCAGGAGUUGUCCGUCCAUCACGCACGGCCCUCGUUUGACCAGUGUGCCGAGGACCCGGCGGAGAGCUGUGCACAUCUCCAUCAUGGAGGGUCUCGAGUCCCUCCGAGACAGCGCCCACUCCACACCCGUGCGCUCCGUCUCCCACGGCGACUCCUUCAUGUCUUCUCGGGGCCACCUGGAGGACGGCGGCGAGGCCAGCACGUCGGCGGUCAUCUCCGACGAGGCCUACUGCCCCUCGGACAGCGUGCUGUCCACGCCCGUGGCCGAGCACGGGGCGGAGAUGCCCCCGGCGCGCCACCUCAACGGCGCUCCGCGCAGCGGCGACGAGCAGGGGGGGUCGCAGGCGGGCACCUCGAAGGAGGGCCACGGCGCGGAGUCCCCCUGCGACGGGAGGGCGCCGCGUCCGCUCCGGGGCAAGGCGGCGGCGGCGGGGGCGGCGCCGAGCGACGUGGAGGAGCUGAACAAAUUCAUCCUGAGCGUGCUGCGGUUGUUCCUGGUGACCAUCGGACUGCUGUUCGCCCUGCUGCUGCUCCUCAUCAUGCUGACCGAGUCGGACCUGGACAUUGCCUUCCUGAGAGACAUCCGCAAGACCCCCGAAUUCCAGCAGUUCCACUUUGAAUACUUCUGCCCCCUGCGGCGCUGGUUCGCCUGUAAGUUGCGAUGGAUGGGAGGGCUCCUCGUCAGCAAGUGAGGCGGAGCCAGGAGCGCAGCGACGCAGGGGAUGCAGGGGG